UCCUUUCCCGAGCGCUCGCGCGGCUCUAGCUCGGGCUCGGGUUUCUAUCCUGUCUUUGAGGGGGUGUUGUGGCAGGCGCUGGAGCACCCCGAGGUGGAGGACAGCGCUGAAGUCUUUAGUUUUCCCAGUACCACAGCUGAGGCCUCAAGCCAGAGUGAGGCAUGGCGACCCUGGGCGCUGUGACUCUAGGGACUGAGGGCGCUGACUUGGCGCCCUGGGAGCAGCUGGAGGCCCCUUCCCGCCUCCUGCUGCAGGCUCUGCAGGCGGGGCCCGAGGGAGUGCGGCGGGGCCUCGGGGUGUUGCGGACGCUGGGCAGCCGCGGCGGGGAGCCUUUCUGCUGGGGCCGCUUCCUCGAGGCGCUGUGCCAGGAGGAACCGGUAGUGCAGGGGCCUGACCGUCGACUGGAGUUGAAGCCACUGUUGCUGAGAUUGCCCCAGUUAUGCCAGAGGAACCUGAUGUCCUUGCUGAUGGCUGUUUGGCCAUCACUGCCUGAAAGUGGGCUCCUCUCUGUGCUACAGAUUGCCCUGCAGGACCUGGUCUCUGACCCUGAUGCCUGGCUCUGUACCCUGGGAAAAUUUCUGGAAAGGGAUAUGGGGGUUGGAGCCUCCAUAGAGGGAGCUUCCUUACUGUCCAAAAGGUGCCAGACACAGCUCCAAAGCCUAUGUAGGCACCUGGGUCAGGGGGGCAGGAGGUUGAAAUUGCCCCAGGUUCCAGACCCUAAAGAAGAGGAGAACAGGGACUCCCAGCAGGCUGGGAAACGCAGAAAGGAGCCAGAGGAAGCACCUGCAAGUCCUGAGGAGAUGAGAGCCUCCAAAAGGUUCAGGUAUUCUGAAAGGGGAGAAGAAGAAGAGGAGCAUGAGGAGGAGAGACCUGCAUGUGAAUCACUGGAAUCCCUGGUGGGCGAAGGAGCUGCAUCUCCCAUUAAGAACCACCCUGUCCUGGAAGCUGAGAUCAGCAAGGCUAGUCCAAGUCUGGAGGCUGCUAAGAGUGUAGCUGAGAGUUUUGAGUUGCCCAAAGCUAUCCAGGACCAGGUUCCCAGGCUGCAGCAGCUGCUGAAGACCACUGGGGAGGGGCUGGAGGGGUUGGAGGAUGCCCCCCCAGUUGAGCUACAGCUUCUCCAUGAAUGUAGUCCCAGCCAGGUGGACCUCCUGUGUGCCCAGCUGCAGCUCCCCCAGCUCUCGGACACAGGUCUCCUGCAGCUCUGCACUUGGCUGCUGGCCCUUUCACCAGAUCUUAGCUUCAGCAAUGCUACUGUGCUGACCAGGAGCCUCUUUCUUGGACGGAUCCUUUCCCUGACUUCCUCAGCCUCACGCCUGCUUACCACUGCCCUGACCUCUUUCUGUGCCAAGUACACCUACCCUGUCUGCAGAGCCCUUCUUGGUCCUGUGCUCCAGGCCCCAGACACAGGUCCAGCUCAAACAGAAUUACUAUGUUGCCUUAUGAAAGAUGAGUCCCUGGAGUCAGACACAAAGGUUCUAAUACUGGGACAGAUCUUGGAGCUGCCUUGGAAGGAGGAAACUUUCUUGGUGUUGCAGUCACUCCUGGAGCGUCAGGUGGAGAUGACUCCGGAGAAGUUUGCUAUUUUGAUGGAGAAGCUCUGCAAAGAGGGGCUGGUAGCCACCACCUCCGUGGCCUAUGCCAAGCUGAUGCUGACAGUGAUGACCAAGUACCAGGCCGAUAUUACUGAGAUCCAGAGGCUGAGCCUGGCUGUGGCCCUAGAGCCCAACACCACCUUCAUGAGGAAGUCUCUUCAGGCUGCCUUGAGACAUUUGGGCCCCUGACUAUGCAGAAAGAGGCCAUCUUCCUCCAUCACCAGCUACCUGAAGGACAUUUCUUCUUUGACCAUCUUUCCCUGACCCCUUGUCUGGGGGUAAAGGCUGAUCCUGGCCAUUCCAGGGACCAACUAUCUCUGUGUUCUGGGCUGCAGAGAGGACAUCUUGGCUUCCCAGCCAGCUUCUGGGCCAAAGGAGCUGGAUGAGCUAUAUUUUCAAGGGCUGCUGGCUUUGGGAUCACUUUUUGUCAAGUCUCAGACUACAGGGACAGAAACUUUCCAGUAAGCCUUAGUAGUCCCCAGCAGACCCAGAGUAUGAUGUUUUAGGACAUCUGUAGCACCUGUGUGCUCAGCACCAAUCUCUUGUUCUUGGGUGUAUGUUAUGGUCCUCUGUAUUUUUGUUUCCUGGUUUGAAUUAUUAUUUAUCAAUUGUAUUUACUGAAAAGCAGGAACUUCAAUGUCUUAUUAGAGGCAGUGUCUGCCUUCCCAUCCCAACUUCUUCCACUCUCCCGCUCAUUGACAAGGGGCUUCCUUUUUCUGGUGAAGGGAAGAUGGUAGAGUGUUAGGUCUGAAGUUCAUUCAUUAUCUGUAGGCCAGACAAUGUGUGAUGCCACCCACCCCAGCCCUAUGGGAGCUGUCUAUUGAGUAAGUGAUGCAGGCAGAGAACACUGGGCAGGCAGGUAGGUGGGAAUACAGAGCUUAAAGGUGUGUGUCUCAGUUUGAGUUCAGGAAGGGUUUUUUGCAGAUGACAUUUGAGGAGGGAUCUGAAGGGCUCCUGGGGCUAUGGCUGACAAGAGGAUGGGACCCACUGGGCAGAGGAAAGGACAAUAAAGACAUUAUA